UCCCUUCAAACUCGGCCCAGAAACGAAACUGGUUAAGUAAAAAUGCAGAUCUUUGUGAAGACCCUGACGGGCAAGACCAUAACGUUGGAAGUCGAGAGUAGCAAUACCAUCGACAAUGUGAAGACGAAGAUUCAGGACAAGGAAGGGAUUCCUCCGGAUCAGCGGAAGCAGCUUGGAGAUGGCAGGAACCUCGCAGAUUAUAACAUCCAGAAGGAGUCCACCCUACAUCUUGUGCUGAGACUUCGUGGAGGAAUCAUCGGGCCUUCGCUGAUGGCUCUUGCGAGGAAGUACAAUAGGAGAAGAUGAUUUGCUGCAAGUGCUAUGCGAGGCUGCAUCCGCGAGAGGUGAACUGUCGGAAGAAGAAGUGUGGCCACAGCAACCAGCUGCGGCCCAAGAAGA